AUGUCUAUUUUAAAAAAAAUAUUUGGAAGUAAGAAAUCAAGCAGUUCUACUUUAAAUGAAAGUAAAUUAUCUAAAGAACCCAAGAAAAAUGAGGAGCAAACAUCAGAAGAAAUCAUAGUUAAAACAUGCAAUUUCGAUGAGUCAUGCACAAAUUUAAAUAAAGAUAAAGAUGAUACACAGGUUUGUAAAGUUUGCCAUAUGGAAUACGAUGUUUUUAAAAAGCAACAUUGUAAAUGCUACAAUAAUGUUGCAAAUCCGUUUAGUGAACCCUCAAGCACUAGUUCCGCUAUAAGCAAUGGCAGAACAAACAGGCGAAAACCAUUAACCAGUUACGAAUUAACGAAAUUAAAAUUUAGUAUGGAAAAAAAUAAGCCUAAAUUUGAUCAGCUAAAACAUAAAAUGGAUAAUAUUAAAAUAUUUUAUCCUGAAGUUUAUAACAUUCAAGAAAACAUCAUAGAAGUUUGGGCACAGGAUAAAAAUAUUUUGGAUAUGGAACAAGACAUAUUAAUGAAUUUUGAUAAAGAAAAAAAGGGUUUUAUUUGGAUUUAA